AUGGCUAAAACAAAGGCGGCGGCAGGAUUACGAAAUUUCGUUUUGGAGUGUGCUCUUUUUAACAAAAAAAGUCAGAAUGAGGUUGAAGACAAUAUGAAGGCAGUACUAAAAUCGUAUGCCGAGACUAUUAUGACCAAACAUGCGGAGGAUUCAAAGGCGCUCGAGAAUGCUAUUAGUGCCGUAGAACUUGGAAAGGCAAGCGCGGGCGAUGUUGAAAAACUGGCAACUUCGAUCAAAGAAAUGGAGGAUAAGUUAAAAGCACAGCAGGCAGCCAAGAUGGAGGAGCUCCGGCUUCAAAAUAAAGAGGCAUUCCAGAAACUCAAUACAGAUUAUGAGAAGACGACCAAAGAAUGGGAAAAUCUCAAGGCCUUGGAAAAAGACAGCCCGCUCCUGAACGGCAUAUCAAAGAAGGUGUUCCAGACACUCCAGGAGGAGAAUCGGUCUCUAUUUCAACCACCGGUUGAGCCAAUUGACCCUGCCAGAGUACAGCAGCUCAUAGCAGAUUCAGCAGAGAUCAAAUCACUCAAGGCUCAGCUGGAGCAAGUCAAGCUGUCAGCACAAACCGAAACUUCCAAAAAUGCAAUGCGGGUACAAAUAGAGCAAAGAGAUGAAAUUAUUCGCGGCUUGACAGUACAACUAGCAGAUGUCAAGACAAAGCAAGAAAGCACACAAGCAUUUAUUAACGCCAUAAGAAGUCAGGAUAGUAAACAUAAUAGUGUCAACAUUGACCAUGCACGAGUCGAGAGUGCAAUCAAACGCGUUGAUGAACUAAGCAAAGACAUGAACCUGGUACAGAACAAGAUCUUAUCCAUGGAUACUAUGGCGAAUGUGAGACAAAGGGAAAUGCAGCGACUAUCAGAGAAAAUUGAAUACGACGGAGUACGACCAGGCAAUGAGAAUAGGAAGAGACGACGUGUUUUUAAUGAGGAUAGCUCUACAUCUGAUGUCACCGAUAAGAGAACCAAAGAUUUGGAAACAAAGCUCGACCAACUUACUGACUAUGUGUACCAGUUCCGAUCAACAGUCCUGAGUUCAUCCUUUCCCACUGAACUUGAGACUAGUCUAAAUGAUAUUGAACAAAUCCUAAAGAAUCACGAAUAUUUUAUUGCCUAUCUGGUAGAUCCAGUAGCAGCCUCAAAGGGAUUAGAAAUUAGUGAGGUUCCAAGAAAAUCGGCCAUUAAUGGAACCGAUCCAUCAAAUUUAUCACCAGCAAUGCUAGAGGCUAUCAACAAGACUGUAGAAGAAUCUGUGACAGAAGCUACUCGCCCACUCCUCCAGACAAUCCGUGACUUACAAGAACGACUUGACAAUCAGAAUUAA